GCGCGGGGCCCGGGGCGGGGCCGCCCGCCUUCCGCUGGCUGCGCUCGCUUUAAAGGCGCGCCUCGCUCGCCCUCCGCGCACUGGUGGCGGGGAGCAGGCUGCGGCGCGGCGUUGGCCGGCGGGGAGGAGGCCACUUCGUCCGGGCCCAGCCCCGGAGCCCGCGCGCAGGCGGCGCUGACCACUGAACUCCCGGCCCGGCCACCCGCCCCCAGCCCCGGUGGGGGGGGCCUGAUUGGGAGACCGGCCCCCCGCCGCCCCGCGAUUGAUGAGUUUGCCCGGGGGCGGCUGGCAAGGGGGGAGUGCCGGCAAGCAUGGGCCAGAAGGUCACCGGGGGCAUCAAGACUGUGGACAUGCGGGACCCCGCGUACCAGCCCCUGAAGCAGGAGCUGCAGGGCCUGGACUACUGCAAGCCCAGCCGCCUGGACCUGCUGCUGGACAUGCCCCCCGUGUCCUAUGACGUGCAGCUGCGCCACUCGUGGAACAACGACGACCGCUCGCUCAACGUCUUCGUGAAGGACGACGACCGGCUCCUGUUCCACCGGCACCCGGUGGCGCAGAGCACCGACGCCAUCCGCGGCAAGGUGGGCUACACGCGCGGCCUGCACGUCUGGCAGAUCACGUGGGCCGUGAGGCAGCGGGGCACGCACGCCGUGGUGGGGGUCGCCACGGCCGACGCCCCCCUGCACUCCGUGGGCUACACGACCCUCGUGGGGAGCAACCACGAGUCCUGGGGCUGGGACUUGGGGCGCAACCGGCUCUACCACGACGGCAAGAACCAGCCGAGCAAGACGUACCCCGCCUUCCUGGAGCCAGAGGAGACGUUCAUCGUCCCCGACUCCUUCCUGGUGGCGCUGGACAUGGACGACGGCACCCUGAGCUUCAUCGUGGACGGACAGUACAUGGGAGUGGCCUUCCGGGGCCUCAAGGGCAAGAAGCUGUAUCCCGUCGUGAGCGCCGUGUGGGGCCACUGCGAGAUCCGGAUGCGCUACUUGAACGGGCUUGACCCUGAGCCGCUGCCGCUCAUGGACCUGUGUCGCCGCGCGGUGCGCCUGGCCCUAGGGAAGGAGCGGGUGGCCGAGAUCCAUGCGCUGCCCCUGCCCGCCCCGCUCAAGGCCUACCUCCUGUACCAGUGACACGCCCGCCCCGCCGCCUCCCGCGCCCCCUCAGCUCCGCGGCCACCCUGCCGGGCCCCGGCACGGGCAGGUGACCCUGCACGUCCCCGAGCCCUGGGGCAGCCCAGCUCGGCCCCCACACCGGCCACGUCCCGGGGCGCAGACCCCCGGGACCCCGAGGUGCUAAGAUGAGGGGUGACGCCCAGCAGGGCCACAGUGACGGGGCUCAGGGCACCGGGGCUCCCCCGGGCCUGGAGGCGGGCACCCAGCCGGACCUCCCCCGGGCACCCGGCACCGGGCACCGGCCUCGCCCCACCUGUAUUUAUUCUUCGGACAGUAACAGACGCCGUUUAUUUAUUCCAAGUAGAGCAGCGGCCUCAUGCCGUCACCCUCUCUGAGUGGCCUGUUGCUUUGCCACCGUCAUGCGCCCACCCCUCCCCCGCCCCCGGUUUGUGCCUCCCGGGCCCUCCCGCCUGUCUGUACUGGCGCCCCACUCCGAGGCCCCGAGUGGGCACCUCAGGGUGCCAUGUGCAGUAUGGGGGGCGGGGGGCACAGUCCCCGCAGAUGGUGCCAGUUCCCCGUGACCCCCGGGAAGGGGCCGAGCACUCGUCUGUCUCCACGUGGCCCCUUGUCCUCAUCUCCAGGGACGUCCGGCUGUGCUGAGAUGCCCCCUGUGCGUCCUCAGCCGUUCCUGGACCCCCGAGGAGGAGUUAAGGGGGGCAUAGGAGAGGUCUCCCGCCCCUGAGAGCAGCGCCAGGGAGGGGAGGGAAAGCCCACCCCCCAGCCAUGCCCCCCCAGUUCAGAGCCCCAGGAUGGGAGGGGAGGGGGCAGUGUGCAGGGAAGACCACAGCCCCCCACACACCAGAGACCCCAGCAGCCUCCAUCGUGCUCGGCCCCCUCGCUCUGAACCUUGAAGUCACCCGCCUGAGAGUCCGACUACGUUCCUAUAUAGGUACAAUAGAUUACUUUAUUUGUUUAAAAUGGUUAAUAUAUAUACAUAUCUAUAUCUCUCUAUAUAUUUGUCCACAAGAAUUAUCUUUUUAAACAGCUGCUGUAGGGUACCUUAAAAAAAAAAAAAGUCUUCCAGUGGAAUAUAUUUUUAAAGCACAAAAUUGGUGCCAAGUCUGGGUGAGGAACGUCCAGGGCCCGCUUAUUCCUUGGAGGGUCGGGGGGACCCUGACCUGGAGGGCUCCCCCCACCAGCCUGGCCAGCUCCUUCGGUGGGGGGGACACGUGUGGAUGAGUGUCGCCCUUGCUGGCUUCGCGUCCACAGCCCUCGCCCGACGCCGGAUGAAUCACCGGGCGGCUUGUCAUCAGCACGUCCCGGCCCCGGCCCAGACCCCCGCGCCUCCCUCCCCGCCCCCAGCCCAGAGUCCUGCGGCCUGUACAGUUCUGAAACUCCCCUUCUGUUUUCUGACGGUUGGUGAACAGUAACCGAAUAAAGGAUGUUU